GUAUCAGUUUGUCUCUAAUAGACAUGGGCAAUCUACGAACUGUUCUGGCAAUCCUUGGAACUUUGUGUUUGACUAUCAUCAGUGGAUACAAAAAUGGAAAAGUAGAGAAAGCUUGUGAUAGCAUGAUGCCAGACCAUCACAGUUAUCCUAACACCACUGCUUGUCCAUAUACCCUGACAGUGAGUGUCAGUAAAUUCAGACCAGGAGAUCAGAUCAAAGUCACUCUUUCUGGACACGAGCACUUUCAGGGCUUUCUGAUUCAGGCCCGAGAUGCCACAAACCCUGAUGGAUCAGCUGUUGGCUCUUUUACAUUGGUUGAUCCCAAAAUAUCUCAGCUUUUGAAAUGCAGCAGCAUAGAGGGUUCUGCUGUCAGUCACACCAGUGAUGCUAAACAGACAGAAAUUCAGGUGAUCUGGAAUGCCCCUCCCACAGCUCCUCCCACUGUCCAGUUUCUUGCGACGGUGAUUGCCCACUACAAGAUUUUUUGGGUUAAACUUCCUGGUCCAGUCAUUUCUCAAAGUGAAGUGACUGUCCCACCUCAAUCUACCACCUCUGGCAUGUCUACAAACUCUCCAACAGGAACCACCUCUAUACUUCCUCAGCCAUUUACCUCCGAGGGAUGUGGGAGGUCAAAAUCUUGUCUCGUUGACCCUGUAGGCUGUAACCCAUCUGAGGACACAAACUGCUUCUUCCUUUCCUAUUCUACUGUGAACCAGGCAGUUCUGUUUGAGCUUAGUGGCCCAGCCACGGGAUAUGUAUCCUUUGCUCUCUCCAAAGAUGAAUGGAUGGGAGAUGAUGAUACAUACUUGUGCAUAAAUGAUGGGGGUCAUGUAAGCGUGGAUGCAGCAUACACAACAGGCAGAAGCUAUCCAGAUGUGGCAUCUAAGUCUGUGCUGACAGAUGUAAGUUGGAGAGUUUCUGAUGGGGUGAUUCAGUGCAGAUUCUCUAGGGCCAUUUACACUCCUCAGGACCUGGUUCGAUUCAAUCUUAAUCAGAGUUAUUAUCUGUUCCUUGCACACGGCAGUGCAGAAUAUGGUAUGAUCCAUAGGCACAAGCGGCAGCCACUGAUAUCAUCUCAUCGUCAGCUCAUUAUUGGCUCUCCUCAGAUACUGACAGGCUCUAGAUCCCCCCUGCUCAUGAAAUAUCAUGGAGCGUUUAUGCUGAUUGGUUGGAUGCUAGCAGGAAGCAUUGGGACAUUAAUGGCUGCCUUUUUUAAAACUGACUGGCCAGAGCAUACAUUAUUUGGACAAAAGAUAUGGUUUCAGGUGCACCGUACAUUGAUGUCUCUUACAGUGUUACUCACGGUGGUGGGCUUCAUUUUUCCUUUUGCCUACAGACAAAAAUGGAGCUCAAGGGCAGGUGCUCAUCCAUACAUAGGCUGUAUUGUUAUGAUUCUUACUUUUUGUCAGCCUAUAAUGGCUGCUUUCAGACCAGCUCCAGACUCUUCAAGAAGGUGGAUAUUUAAGUGGUUACACUGGGGCGUAGGACAUGCUACUGAAAUUUUAGCAGGGACGUCUAUGUUAACUGGAAUACAUCAACAGUCUCUUUUGCUCCCUUAUCCAUGGACCACAGGGGUGCUGGCCAGUUUUGUGGUUUGGACUGUUUUACUAAAAAUAGUGUUAAAACUUCAUAAGCACGACAUUAUUAGAAAAGGGAAUAAAAAUGAAGAUGAAACUCCAGUUCUUCCUGAUUCUUCCAGAAGUGUAAACUGGGAUACCAAGUUUAGAGUUGCAAUCCUUGCUCUUUUUGUGCUCGGAAACUCAGUGUUCUGUAUCGCGCUUCUCAACUCCAUAACUCAGACAUAACCCACAUAUGAAUCAUAUGGCAACUUUUCAGAAAGUAGGAUGAAUGCAUAGAGUUGUUUAAAUUGGAAGAGAAAAUUUUAUCAAUACUAAUUUCAUUUUAUUUAAAGGUUUACAUUUUACAGUUUUUGCAUUGACAGCAUACUGCAAGAAAGAAACAAUAUCUACGAUCCAGUGUCAUUCAUGAAUAUUAUGAAGGAAAAUGCACACAUUUUUUAAUGAAGUAGUUUCACAAAGGAAUACUUGUUUACAUUAUUAGCAGGCAAUCAAAACAGGAAAUAGUUAAAAUGCUCAAUAUGAUACAGAAACCAGUUACUUAUCGUUUAACUCCUCUGGAAGCUACAUAGAAAAUACUGUAUACUCAAACAAUUACAGCAGAUCCAACACUGUUAUGUAAGACAUAUCAGUACAAACAUAUUUCCUGUUUCAAAUUGCACUUUUGAUUAGACAAUUAUGGUUGAAAUGAGAUUUUUUUAAGCAACAAGAAAUAUAUUUGUUAUUGUAAGACUUAAUUUCAUUU